AUGGCUGCCCUCCAUGCAUCUCUGAAUGCGGCUACGGCUGCUGUGAACGCUGCGAACGCAAAUGCACAGGCCGCUCAGGCUGUUGCUGCGGCAGCUACUGCUUCCGCCUUUAAGCCAGCGACUCCUCCUCGUUAUGAGAACAAGGAUAAGGAUAUGGAGAUUCGCAAGUGGCUUCCUGUUGUGGAGGAUUAUGCCAGGACCUGCAAUGAUGUCGAUUAUUUGCGCAUUGUCAGCUCCUUUCUGCAUGGCAAGCCGAGGUCGUACUUCCAGUCGAAGUAUGAUGCUCAUAAGGCUGCUAACGGAGGGAAUGAACCGGAUGAUCCCCGGGCAUUCUUCCGCGAGACCAUGAUCAGUGGAUACGGUCUCUUUGACCAGACCCAGGUUUACUGGGAUAACUGGAACAAUCUGAGGAUGUUGGGCAAUAUGGAUAUCGGUGAUUACAACAUCGCCUUUACUCAGUGCCUUACUGACCUUGGUGAUCAGAUCCAGGGAGAGCAGGUGAAGAUCGAGAAGUAUCGUCUCGGCCUGCAGUCUGAUAUGCGCGAGAUGGUUCGCACCUCUCCCCAAGGCACUCGCUGGGAGACUCUGCAGGCUCUUAUUGAGUAUUGUUCGCUCCAGUGGCCUAUUGUGGCUGCCAGGAUUGCAAAGCGGACCAAGCAUCCUCCUGCAGCUGGGAAGGUGGGAGGCAAGCGCAAGUCCAGUGGGGGUGGAGGUGGCUCCAGCUCUAGGCCCAAGUUGGGGGCAACUGGGAAGCUCCGGAAGAAGCCGAGGCUGUUCCUAAUGUGUUCUCUGCCUCGCAGAACUUUGAAGAGGGCUGUUCGGCGAGGGGAGCGUGUAACGGUACGGAAGCCGACCGCCUUAGCCGCUCGGCUAUGCAUCCAAAAAGCUGUCGACUGGAUGCACACUAAGGCGCUUCCGUAA